AUGACAGAGGUUUCUGGUCAGAGGAUGGAGGUCCAGGACGGAGUAGAGCUCUGUUUUCCUCAACUCCUCAACACCUCCUGCAGGAAAGCAACACCUCACCGGUUUGAAGAUGUACUUCUGAACACUGUGAUGUCGUCCUUGUCUGUGCUCAUUGUUGUUCUCAACCUGCUCGUCAUCAUCUCAGUCUCCCACUUCAGGCAACUCCACACACCCACUAACAUCCUCCUGCUCUCUCUAGCUGUCUCUGACUUUCUUGUGGGCCUCCUAUUGCUGCUGGGAGAAACUUACCGACAAACACAGUGCUGGUUUCUUGGGGACCUGCUUUGUUCUCUUUAUUUUUUUGUGGUCUAUUUUGUUUUCAGUACUUCAGUAGGAGACAUGGUGCUUAUAUCAAUUGACCGUUAUGUUGCUAUUUGUCAUCCUCUGCAUUAUCCCACCAGAGUCACUGUGACAAAAGCCAGACUGUGUGUUCUUUUGUGUUGGUUCUGUUCUGUUUUUUACAGUGGUUUUGUUUUUAAGGAUGCCCUGAAUCAACCAGGCAUAAAUAAUUCCUGCGAUGGAGAAUGUAUCGUUGUUAUCAGUUAUAUUGCAGAUGUUGUUGAUCUAGCUGUAAACUUUAUUAUCCCAGUCACGGCCAUUAUACUUCUAUAUAUGAGAAUAUUUGUGGUGGCUGUGUCUCAGGCUCAUGCCAUGCGCUCUCACACUGCAGCUGUCACACAUCAGCAAUCAGUGACACUAAGUAAAAGGAAAUCUGAGUUGAAAGCAGCCAGGACUCUGGGUGUUCUUGUACUUGUGUUUCUAAUAUGUUUCUGCCCAUUUUACUGUGUCUCCAUUGCAGGGAUAAGCCCUUAUACUGCAAAUCUUGUGUUUUUAAUGUUUUAUUUGAACUCCUGUCUAAACCCUCUGAUCUAUGCCCUGUUUUAUCCCUGGUUUAGAAAGGCUGUGAAACAUAUUGUGACUCUGCAGAUACUGCAGCCUGGUUCCUGUGAGGUCAGUAUGUUGUAG